GCGGGCCGGUGCCGUACCCGGUUCCGUGCCGGUGCUGCGGGAGGCGGGCCGGUGCCGUACCCGGUUCCGUGCCGGUGCCGUACCCGGUUCCGUGCCGGUGCCGCGGGAGGCGGGCCGGAGCCGCGGGCGGGCGGGGGGCGGGCGCUGCCCGCGCGUCUCGGGGCCGGCGGGCGAUGCGCUUCCUCCGCUGAGCGCAGCGCGGCCGAGCCGGCAGGAUGACGGUGGAGUUCGAGGAGUGCAUCAAGGACUCGCCCCGGUUCCGGGCAACCAUCGAUGAGGUGGAAACAGAUGUGGUGGAGAUCGAGGCAAAGCUCGACAAGCUGGUGAAGCUCUGCAGUGGCAUGAUUGAGGCUGGCAAGGUCUACAUCACCACCAACAAGCACUUUGUCAGCGGGGUGCGGGACCUGUCGCAGCAGUGCAAGAAGGAUGAGAUGAUUUCGGAGUGCCUGGAGAAAUUCGGGGACAGCCUGCAGGAAAUGAUCAAUUAUCACAUGAUCCUGUUUGAUCAGGCCCAGAGGUCAGUCCGGCAGCAGCUGCACAAUUUUGUCAAAGAGGACGUGAGGAAGUUCAAGGAGACCAAGAAGCAGUUCGACAAGGUGCGCGAGGACAUGGAGAUCUCGCUGGUGAAGAACGCCCAGGCGCCCCGGCACAAGCCCCACGAGGUGGAGGAGGCCACGGGCACCCUGAGCAUCACCAGGAAAUGUUUCAGGCACCUGGCCCUGGAUUAUGUGCUGCAGAUCAACGUGCUGCAAGCCAAGAAGAAAUUUGAGAUCCUGGACGCGAUGUUGUCCUUCAUGCACGCCCAGUACACCUUCUUCCAGCAGGGCUACAGCCUCCUCCACGAGCUCGACCCCUACAUGAAGAAACUGGCCACAGAGCUGGACCAGCUGGUGAUCGACUCAGCCGUGGAGAAGAGGGAGAUGGAGCACAAGCACGCCCUGAUCCAGCAGAGGACCCUCCUGCAGGACUUCUCCUACGAUGACUCCAAGGUGGAGUUCAACGUGGAUGCCCCCAACGGGGUGGUGAUGGAAGGGUACCUCUUCAAGAGAGCCAGCAACGCCUUCAAAACAUGGAACAGGAGGUGGUUUUCCAUCCAGAACAGCCAGCUGGUCUACCAGAAGAAGCUAAAGGACGUCCUCACGGUGGUGGUGGAGGACCUGAGGCUCUGCACAGUCAAACCCUGCGAGGACAUCGAGAGGAGGUUCUGCUUUGAGGUCGUGUCCCCCACCAAGAGCUGCAUGCUGCAGGCUGACUCGGAGAAGCUGCGCCAGGCCUGGAUCCAGGCUGUCCAAGCCAGCAUUGCCUCGGCUUACCGGGAGAGCCCCGACAGCUACUACAUCGAGAGGCUGGACAGAACAGCCUCCCCCUCCACCAGCAGCAUCGACUCCGCCACGGAUUCCCGGGAGCGCGGCGGGAAAGGGGAAACCAUCCUGCAGAGAGUGCAGAGCAUUCCUGGGAAUGAGCAGUGCUGUGACUGUGGGCAGCCAGACCCUCGCUGGGCCAGCAUCAACCUGGGCAUCCUGCUGUGCAUCGAGUGCUCCGGGAUCCACAGGAGCCUGGGUGUUCACUGCUCCAAGGUCCGGUCUCUCACGCUGGAUUCCUGGGAGCCAGAGCUGCUGAAACUGAUGUGUGAGCUGGGCAACAGCACCAUGAACCAGAUUUACGAGGCGCAGUGUGAGGAGCUGGGGCUGAAGAAACCAACAGCAGGGAGCUCCAGGCAGGACAAGGAGGCCUGGAUCAAGGUGAAAUACGUGGAGAAGAAAUUCCUGAAGAAGCUGCCGGGCGGGGAGGCGCUGGCCGAGAGCGAGCGGAAGCCGCGGCGCUGGUGCGUCAAGAAGUGCCAGAGGCACAACAGCGGCUCCAGAGCCCCCACAGCCCGCAGGAAGUACCGCCAGGAAACUGGGAAUGCCUCCCCAGCCAUGCUGUCCUCAGCAGCAGCCACCCUGGAGAGGAAAUUCCGCCGGGAUUCCCUGUUCUGCCCGGAUGAGCUGGACUCUCUCUUCUCCUACUUCGACACCGGGGCUGGCUCCGGCCCUCGCAGUGCCAGCCACAUCUCUCUGCAGCACCCGCUGGCAGGUGGCCCUUGGAGUGGGAUGGGUCCCGCUGGGUCCCUCCUGGACGGAGGUCUGAGCAGUGACAGCGGCCUGGGAGGGAGCACCGAUGGCAGCACCGACAUCCUGGUGUUCGGCUCCGUGGUGGACAGUGUGACAGAGGAAGAGUGCGAGGUGUCGGAGGAGAGCAGCGGGGAAGCCGAGAUCGAGCAGGAGGCGUCGGAUUUGGAGGAUCUGAGGGAGCUGCACCCCGGCCUGCUGAUGUACAGGGCAGCUCAGGCCCGGAACCUGCCCCUGAUGGCAGAAGCUCUGGCCCACGGGGCCGAGAUCAACUGGGUGAACGAUGAGGAUGAGAACAAAACCCCUCUGAUCCAGGCUGUGAAGGGGGGCUCCUUGAUAGCCUGUGAAUUCCUGCUGCAGAACGGGGCAGAUGUCAACCAAAGAGACUCACGGGGCCGGGCCCCCCUGCACCACGCCACGUACCUGGGGCACACCGGGCAGGUGUGCCUGUUCCUGAAGCGCGGGGCCAACCAGCACGCCGUGGAUGGGGACGGGCAGGACCCGCUGAGCAUCGCCGUGACCGCGGCCAACGCCGACAUCGUCACCCUGCUGCGCCUGGCCCGGAUGAACGAGGAGAUGCGGGAAGCAGAGGGUCCCUUCGGGCAGCCGGGCCAAUAUCCCAGCAACAGCCCCACGGAGCUGCAGUACAGGAAAUGCAUCCAGGAGUUCAUCAGCCUUAACAUCGACGAGUGUUAGUGACGAGUCCCCAUCCCCUCUGCUGCCCCGGAGCUGGGCUGAAUCCCUGGAGAGCCCCAUCCUUGGAUAUCUCGGUGUUUUCCUUGCAGAUUGGUCUGUUGUUGAUGCCUGCACCCGUCGGGUUGAGCUGCCCGCAGGAAGGCCAAGGGGUCUUCCCUGUGAGCUUUAAGUUCUCAUGCUUGACUACUGGAUGGUUGAUCUUUAUGUUUUUUUGGAGUAGGAGCCUCCCAGGGCAUAACCACAGACCUUGGCAUGUGGGCUGGAAUGUGUGGGAAGUGUGGGAGAGGAGCUUAGAGUUGGAAAAAAAAAAAAAGGAAAAAAAAAGAAAAAAAGAGAAGAAAAGGAAAUGCCCUCAGUGACCAGGAGAGAGCCACCAACACCAGGAUCAGAUGAAGCUGGCCCUGAAGAGUUGGCUUGGAAUUCGGGCAGGGAUUGUGGAGCCCUCAGCCUGCUGUGCCCCUGGGAGAACUCAGAGGUGCCCUCCCGGGCUGGUUUUGGGGCAGGGAUGCUCCGAGCGGAGCGGGUGGCAUCGGGAGCUCCUCACCUUUCACUGCUCUCAGGACUGAACCAGCCAUGCUCCCCUCGUUUGCUGCCCUGGGUGCUUGGCUGCUCAAAGCCAUAGCUGCCCUGCUUCCAGCAGCCAUCCUGCAGCAUUCCUGGAAGCAGCAGCGCUGAUCCCUGGAGCUGGGAGAAGCUUGUCGCUGGCGAUGGGCUCGGGGCAGGGAGGGGAAGCUGCUCCAGCUGCUCGGUGCAAUCUGACUCCACUCGGUUCCCUGCUCCCUUCAGGUUUCUGUGGAGGAGAAUUCCACUUGCAUGAGUCCCCUCCGUGCUCUCCCCCCGCAUGCUGGAGCAUCUCAGCGGCUUUGGAGCUCCCCAGUUCCAGGGAGCAGCAGAAUUUUGUGUUUCCCUCCUUUUUUUCCCCGAGGUUUUUGGCUGGAGUGAGGGAAUUUUCCUUGGAGCACUUUGUUGCUGUCUCGUGUGUCUGGAGCUGUCCCAUCCCGUCUUGGGAGGGCUUAGGGAGCACGGGGACCUCUGGAGCCCUGUCUGGAGAUUGGAGGCUCCUGUAGGAGCCUUUCCCCAAUGUCCCCAACUGCAGCUGGCACCAGAGGUUGUCAGGGCUCGGGGGUGACAUCCCUGCCUGGGCUCCAGGGUCAGGCCACAGUGCCUUAUGGAUCAUCCCAGGAUCUUGAGGGGCUCCAAGGAAACAAAGAAUCGCAGGCAGAGUUCCCCACUCUCUGCACUCCAUCGGCAGAUCCACAAUCCCAUUUCUCAUCCCAUCCACUCUGGAAUUCUUGAUGUUUUCGCUUCCUGGCCGCUGCCCUGCUCAGCAACCUUGGCAGGAUUUGUUCCUGGGGCUGGAAUUGUGUCCUCAGAUAUUGAGGGAACAGCUGCUCACCCUCAGGGGCUCAGCCAGCAGCCCUCCCACACAACAAAGAGCCUUCACUGGGUCUCUCUUGGCUCGAGGGAAUUCCUGCUUCCUUAGGAAGGUGCUGUCCCAGGUUUUCCUGCAGCCAGGCUGCUCUUUCCUGUCUGUGCAAUCUCGAUUCCCACUGGAGCUUUGGGAUGAGCAAUUCCCAGGGCUGAGCUCUGCUCUCAGUGUCUGCUGCGAGUCUGGAAUGGUCCUGGUGCAGUGCAAAAUCUGCCCCCAGGGCCUCCUGUGCUUCCUUAAAUCAUGAACAAUCUCCUUCCACUGAUCCUGGGGAAUGAAAAUUCCCCCUUUUUGGCUGUUCAGUGCCUGGGCUGGAAAUCUCUCCUGUGGUCUUGGAGCAGGCAGUGCUCCCUCUGAACUCUCCUGAGUGGGAAGUGGAGGCUGAGCAGGGGCAGCUCCCGUGGUCCGUUCAUCCCUGCCCAGCUCCGGCACCCUCAGGAGUGCCUCGGGAACACCCCUGGGAUGAAGCAGAAAUUGCUGCGAUUCCAUUUCAGAGAAGCUGGGAUGGAUAAACCCCGAAUUCAGAGGACAGCUCUGGGAGCAGAGAUUGUAGCUCUGACUGUGGCUCCCUCAGGAUUCCAGCUGUGGCAGGGCUGCUCCGGGGUCUCCUUCACUUUCCAUUUAACAUUCCCUGGAUUUAACACCUCCUGCCCCCUGGGAGGUGUCACCAGCACUGCUGCCCCCUCAGUGUCUCCUGGGCAGGGACAGAAGCUCCUGGAGCUCCACUUUCGCUCCUUUGCUUCGGGCUUUGUCUUCUUUCUGACCCAAAUCACCUCAGAUUUCGAUGCCCCCCCACGCCCCCGUUUGUCACCUCUUCCUUGGCAUUCCGGCCUCUUUGUCCUGCUGCUGCUGCUGCACUCGGUUUAAAAGUUUAAAACCAGCGUUUAAAAGUUUCAAAGCCAGCCCUGAGCAGUGCCCUGGCUGCUCCUGGCACGGCUGGGAUGGGGUUGGAAGUGCUGCUGCUCCCGCUCCCAAAUCCACCCUCAAAUCCGAGUCUGCCUUCAGCAGGACCCUGCUGUGCCCAGGGACAUCCCCCACAUCCCCCUGGGACACCUGGAGAGCUCCACAGAUCCAAGAUCCUGCUCUUCUUCCCGGGUUAGGAGCUGGGAGAUUCCUGCAGGGGAUUCCCUCUUCAAUCGCACCCCGUUUUGUGCUGAUCUGCAUCACUUGGGGCGGUUUUUUGGUGCUGAUUCCCCCUCGAGUCGUGCCCUUUCCACGCUGGGAAUCUUUUCAGGGUACUUCAAAGCUCUUGAGAGUGAAGUAGAAGUUUCACCACUGCCAUGGUCCUGCUCUGCUCAUGGAUUUCAGCACGGUCAUUGUGGUUUUUUUUUUUUACCUGUACAGCAACUUCAAACACCCCAAUUGGUUUUCCCAGCUUUUUAGGAGGAGUUAGAAACCCGACUGAUCCUUUCUGUGAGCCAAGGACAACCGUGGCUUCCACUUUUGGGUCGUUUUAUUUCACUUUUUCUGGGAAUUCUGGCCAGAAAUCCUGGCCAGUUUGCUCCCUGGAAGCUCAGACUCACUGCUGGAGUAGAUGAAGUUGAAAAAAAAAUGUAAAUAUUGAUGCAAAAAGCAGCGUCUUGCAAGACAAUUGAUCUAUUUAACAUGUAUUGGUACUUUAUUUAGAGUCAAUGUAUAAAGCAACUUUGUGCACUUUUCCUACCUGACAGUAUUGGGGGGUUUUAUGUUCUUUUGUUAUGGGUUUUGUGCUGUCUUUUUUAAUCAGUGGAAUUGUUAAGUAUUUAAUUUAUUCUUAUUGAUGUGCCCAGAGGACUAGUGCAAUUUUUAUUCAAUACAGUUGGUCUGUAUUUAAUGUCAGGAUUUUUUUUUUUUUUUGUAGCAUUGCUAGGGAAUAUUUUUCCAAACCUGCCUUUUUUUCCCUCCCCUAAUUUUCCUUUCUUCCUCCCUUCCCUUUCUGUUUUCAUCAUGAGGCAUUAAAUGCCUCUAAUUUGAGAUAGAACCCAACACUUGAGAACACCCUGCAGUCCCUACAACUGAAAUUUCUCCAGGAAAAACACGCUAAGGAGGCACUUCUCCCUAUUUUCUGUGUUUCUUUGAUUUUUAUUUUUGCUUGGGGGGUGUGUGGGGGGGUGUGUGCGCUCCAAACCUUGGAGGGGAGAGUGGGGAAGGUGCACAGAAAAUUCAUUUCCAGCCAGGGAAAUGCAUUUCCAGGCUCCGGGGAAGAUGAGAAAAUGAACAUUUUCUUGGUUUUCCUGCCUCAAACGCAGCUGGAUUUGUGUUGUACAACCCUGCUUGGAAUAUUUGCUGCCCAAAAUUGCUGGUUUUUCACUCUCCCUUUUUUUUCCCAAGGGUGUGUGAGUGUUUUCUCUGGACUUUAACCACAUUUAACAGGAGGAAUUUGCCUUUGUGUAGAAAGCAGAGUGCCAGGCACUGCCCAAAGCCUCCUCAGCCACCAGGAUCCUCCAUCCUUGGAAUUUUCGGGGAUCUGGGUGAAUAUUUCUCUCCCUAUCCUCACUUUUAUUUGACCUGUAACUAAGUGCCUGGACUUGGAUCCAGUCUGGGUUUGGGUCUCUGGGUUUGGAUCUCUGGGCUCUCAUUCCAGGUGGGAUGAGCUCAGCUUGUUGGAUUUUUAAGCAACGCCCUCAGUGCUCCCUCUCCAGUGAAAUCCAGGGAAGCCUCAGGUUAUUUCAGUGUUGCUGCCUCUGAGAUGGGAAAUUUCUUGGAGUAUUUUAAAGGAAAAACGUGGAGCUGGAAGAUUUUAUGCCUUUAACAAAAAUAAAGUGUGACAAGCUGAGCUGUGAUGGGCAUAAAACGGAAUUAUUAAGGUUGGAAAAGCCCUCUGAGGUCAUCAAAUUAAUGACGCUGCAGCUUCAAAGAGAGAACUGGAGGGAGGAUUUUGGAAUCAAGAGAUCAGGAACAUCUCAGAGCAGCAAACAAGGCCAUGAUUUAUGCAAGAAAACCCCAGGAGCUCCUGAAGAAAUGCACUGAGUUCCUGCCCAGUGGCCCUGGCCACGGCUGUCCCCUGUGCUGGGCUGUCCCCUGGCCACGUGUCCCUCACUGCCCGGAGCAUUUUUGCUUUCAACCAAAGACAGAACGGGCUGGGAGGUGACACUGAGCCCUGGGAGAGCUGGUGCCAACCCCGAGUGAGUGUGGGGUGGCACAGGGACAGCGGCGGGGCACCAAGGGGCUGAGGGAGAGGGGGGUUCUGAGGGGAAAAGGGGAUUUUUUGGGGAGAUUCCAGAACAGAUGAGUGCUGUUUCCAUAGGAAUGGGGCUCAUAUCCCUCAUAUCCCCAGCCUCCCAGGGAAUUGGGGCUGUGCCAGGGGGAAUGCAGCUGGAUGGGGAGGGAAUGAGGGGGGAAGUGUAGCCAAGGCGCUUCCCAAGGCACAAGGAGGACUGGGGAUGGCAGGAGAGGACACCUGGGGUGGGACCUUGCUCCCAGGAUGGAGCAGUUUGGGUGGAAAUCUUCCUGUUGCCAGAGGUGGCACAGCAGGAGCGACCUGGGGCCACCUGAGCCAGGCUGGCCAGGGGCUGCCACAGCUUCCCUUGCCAACAGCACGGACAGGGACGGGUCCUGUGGCCACAGGGAGAGGCCGUUUUUGGCCAGGUCAGAGGUGCUUUAGCCAGGCCAGAGAUCCUUUGGGGAGGUCAGAGCUCCUUGGGCCGGGUCAGAGGUGCUUUGGCCAGGUCAGGGACCCUUUUUUGCCAGGUCAGAGAUCCUUUGGCCAGGCCAGAGGCCCUUUUUGGCCAGGCCAGAGAUCCUUUGGGGAGGUCAGAGGCCCUUGGGCCAGGCCAGAGAUCCUUGGGCCGGGUCAGAGGUGCUUUGGCCAGGUCAGGGACCCUUUUUGGCCAGGCCAGAGGCCCUUGGGCCAGGUCAGAGGUGCUUCGGCCAGGUCAGAGAUGCUUUGGCCAGGCCAGGGACCCUUUGUGGCCAGGUCAGAGAUCCUUUGUGGCCAGGCCAGAGGCCCUUCCUGGCCAGGCCGGAGCCCUGAGGGCUCUGCCCUCGCUGUAAAUACGCCGCUGUCACCCCUCCCCUCCCUCACCCUCCUGCUUUCGGUGCCACUUUGUACCAGGUUUUUUAAUCCUUCUCCCCACACAGCCUGUGCUGCCCAUACCUCUGGAAAACCAGAUAUUCUCUCUGUAAUUACCUUUGUACAAUUUCAAAGCUCUUGCUGUGCUGUCGGCCUUUUUUUCCUCUCCCCCUCGCCUCCUUUCUCUUCUAUGGUCUCUUGAAGCACUGUUAAUAAAAAUCUGAAUAAAUCCUU